AUGUUAGAAAAAUCAAUCCCAUAUGAAUUGCUACGAUGCUUAACAACUGCAACGAAUUUAGCACCGCUAUCAACACCAGCUACUACAAAUUUAACAUUAAUAACAACUACAUCUGCAACGAAUACAACAUUACUGAUGACAACAAAAACAACAGUAGCAAUAGCCGCUUUGAACAGAAACGUCAACAACGUAGAAAGCAAUCAAUACGGAAAAGAUGGGAGCGGGAGAAGAGAAAAAGGUAAUAGAGGUGGUGCUGGUGGGAUUGGAAGAGGACAAGGUGGAGGAAAAGGAGGUGGUACCACAAGUGCUGCUCCUAAUCUUGGCAGUGUGAUAAACGUGAGAGAAACAGAUAGAGUAGUUGGUCCUCAAAGUGUUGAAGGUCAGGUAGGGCGGAGUGGUCAAGGAUGGCAAGCAGGCCAGGUAGGUCAAGGUGGACAAGGAAGUCAAGAUGGACAAACUGGUCGGGGAGGACAAAGAGGACAGGCAGGCCAGGGAGGUCAAGCAGGUCGGGGAGGUCAAGCAGGUCAGGCAAGCCGGGGAGGUCAAGCAGGCCGAGCAGGUCAGGCAGGCCGGGGAGGUCAAGCAGGCCAGGAAAAUCAAGGAGGUCAGGCAGGCCAGGUUGGUCAAAAAGGUCAGACAGAUCGGGGAGGUCAAGGAGGUCAGGGAGGUCAAAGAGGAAAAGAAGAACAGGCAAGCCGGGGAGGUCAAAGAUAUCAAACUGGUCGUGGAAGUGUAAACAACGGCAUUCGAAGCGAAAAUGGUGGUGAGGGCAAGCAACGAAAUUCUUCCGCUAUAUGA